AUACUUUUAUAUAUUACUCUAUGUAGAGAGAUCGCUGGCAACAGUUAUGGUGCGAAUCAGUCUAUGAUUUCAACAGGCGCAGCAAAAAAAUCUUUUUCCAGAAUUCCUUUUGUUUCUGUAAGCAAGUCAUUGCCUCACCUUGUCGGCUAAGAGCCACCUUCUUCUCUGGUGUUUCUGCAACCGAGAAGCUCUUUAAAUUCCAACUCAACCACAUUCUGAGAAUGAUCAAAGAUCAAUUCAGGUUGUCCGGCAUGCAGUUCUUGAAGUCAACAGGCAUCUCUUUUGAAUCUUGGAAUUGAAAAAUUAAAAAUGGCAGCAGAGCACACUGCUGUGCCUGAAACAUUGCAGCCCUUGAUUCCCUCAUCUCAAAGUAUUAGUUUCAAGAUUUCCGAUAGCGUCCCAGAAUGGACGGAUCAGAUCACUUUUAGAGGAUUAGUGGUGAGUGCUCUGCUAGGAACUGUGUUCUGCAUUUUAGUUCAUAGACUCAGUCUAGCAACAGGGAUUAUUCCUUCUGCGAAUAUAGCUGCCGCAUUGGUUUCUUUCUUCGUUGUCAAGAUAUGGACUGGUUUUAUAUCGAAAUUCGGGUUUUCUAACACCCCUUUUACUAGACAAGAAAAUACUAUAAUCCAAACUUGUAUUGUUGCUUGUUAUGGUCUUGCUGCUAGUGGUGGAUUCGGUACAUAUUUGCUUGCAAUGGAUGAAAAAAUAUAUGAGCUUACUGGUGUUGAUUACCCUGGAAAUCGCUCGGAGGAUGUCAAGAAUCCAGGCUUAGGAUGGAUGGUUAGUUUCUUAUUUGUUGUAAGUUUUCUUGGGCUUUUUAGCCUUGUUGCAUUACGGAAGGUCAUGAUCUUAGAUUAUAAACUUACUUAUCCUAGUGGAACUGCAACGGCAAUUUUGAUUAAUAGCUUUCAUACGAGCAAAGGAGCAGAACUUGCAGAGAAACAAGUGAGUUAUUUGGGAAAAUAUUUUACCUUCAGUUUCUGUUGGAGUUGCUUCAAGUGGUUCUUUAGUGGUGUUGAUGAUUCUUGUGGAUUUGAUCAUUUUCCAAGCCUUGGAUUGACACUUUUCAAAUAUUCAUUCUAUUUUGAUUUCAGUCCUAGCCUUGUUGGAUGUGGCCUUAUCUGUCCUCACCAAGUUAACUGCUCUAUUCUUCUCGGGGCAAUCAUAUUCCAGGGAUUUCUGUUGCCAUUCAUUUCAAAACAAUCCGGAUAUUGGUAUUCGGCUAGCCUUCAUGAUAGUGAUCUUAAAGGUCUUGGUGGAUAUAAAGUUAUCAUGUCGGUUUCACUUAUUCUUGGAGAUGGCCUUUACAAUUUAAUCAAGACUGUAACAAUAACUCUGAAGAAAGUGCACAACAGUCCUAGACAAGAUGGCAUUCCAGUCUCCAAUGAAGAAAGCUCGAGACAACUUGUGGAGCAGAAUGGAAGAAAUGAUAUAUUCCUGAAAGACAGAAUUCCCUCUUGGUUUGCAGCUUGUGGGUUCAUGAUUGUAACUAUAAUUUCAGCAAUGACAAUACCGAUAAUCUUUCCACAACUUAAGUGGUAUGUAGUACUCAUUUCUUGUGCUAUUGCACCCAUUUUCGCCUUCUGCAACUCUUAUGGCACUGGACUUACAGACAUGAGUAUGCUCAGUACUUAUGGGAAGAUUGGCAUUUUCAUUAUUGCUUCACUAGUCGGAAGAAAUGGUGGUGUAAUAUCUGGAUUGGCAGCUUGUGGUGCAAUUGUAACAAGUGCCGCUACUGCAGCUGAUUUAAUGCAAGAUUUCAGGACAGCUUACCUAACUCUUUCUUCUCCCAAGGCUAUGUUUAUAGGCCAGUUAGCAGGAACAACAAUGGGUUGUGUUAUUGCACCAUUAACUUUCUGGUUAUUUUGGACUGCAUUUGAUGUUGGAUCACCCAAUGGACCUUAUCCAGCUCCAUAUGCAAUUCUUUUUAGGCAAAUGGCAAUUCUUGGAAUUUCCGGAUUUUCUGAGUUGCCAAAGUAUUCUUUAGUUAUAUUUUGCAGUCUCUUGGUCUUGGCUUUGAUCAUGAAUGUCCUGAGAGAUGUACUUCCAUUGAAACUUUCAAGAUAUAUUCCUAUUCCAAUGGCAAUGGCUAUCCCAGUUUUUGUAGGAGCUAACUUUGCCAUUGACAUGUUUAUUGGGACUGCCCUAUCAUUUUUUUGGGAGAGAAGGAAUCAGAAAGAUGCAGAUGAUUAUGUAGGUGCAGUUGCUUCAGGGUUGAUAUGUGGGGAUGGAUUAUGGACAAUACCAUCUGCCAUCCUCUCAAUUUCAAGAAUCAAUCCACCUGUUUGCAUGAACUUUAGGCCUUCUUUAAGGAGAUGAAGAGAGAAGCAUGUUCUUAAUGUUGAGCUGCUGUAAUUUCCUUUUUUAAUUACAUUACUAACUUGAUCAGUGGAUGUUCUGAUCUUUUUUAAGUGAAGUCAAGUAUUCAGUGCUUUCUCAA